GCUUUCGUAGUGUGGUUUUGAGUCUUGAAAGCAUUUUAGGACUUAUGGUGAUGUGAAUGUUUCGAGUUCUUGUUUUACAUUCCUAAAGGACAUGUAUAGGUCCAACAGUCCAAGGUGACUAUACUCAUAACUUGAGAGACUUGCAAAACUUUGAUCCUGUCUCUUACGGUCUUAUUCAGUACGGAGUGUUAUUAUUGUACAAUAUAUUAUGAUAGCGGAAUCUACCAUAUAUUUUUGAGGUUAGUUCUGAUUAGUUUCUUUUUAACAUUCCCAUAGCUAGUCUCAAUUUUCAUGUUUAGCCAUUCCAAGAUUUUGGAUGGCUUACCCAAGGUGCAUUGGGCUAGUGGUUUAGUGCUUGGAGUAGGUUCCAUUGCAUCCCUAGUUCGAUUCCCAUGGGGAGGGGUGCUUUACGCCAUGUUAUCGGUAUCAGCGCAGGCCGGCCCCGGGCCUAGGAAGGGAUUAAGGCCGAAGACCCGAACCCUUCCUGGUUAACCAAAAAAAAAAAAAAAAAAAAGAUUUUGGAUGGCUUGGAGAGACCACAUGAAACGUCCGACUAUGUUAAGAUGAGUGUAACUAUUAUGUAUGUGGUGUGUUUCAUGGAAGAAAAAAAACAAGAACUGAGGAUGAUUUUUUCUAAUUAAUAAUUGAAAAGAUGGUUUUGUGUAAUUUGCUAGGAAUAAACCGGUUGUGCGUAGACGUCACAAAACCAGUUUAAUUACGAUAAUUGAGUCGGCAUUAUGUCUAUGAAAACCAACUUGAUUUCGACAAAGAUUUGAUAUUGCUUGCUUCGCAAGCUUUACGCUAGACGGAAAAUCUAAAUUCACUAGAAAAAGGAUCAAGCCAAUUAAUCUCUUUUUACUUUUUAGGUCAAGAAAAUCAAAUCAAUCUAUAGAUAAUCGUUUCAUAUAAUUCUGUAGUGAAACAAGAUGGGCUUAAAGUCUCUCUGACCUAGUUUCUUGUUUUCUAUAAGAAGAUAAAAGGAAACUGAGCAAAAAGAGUCGGCAAAGACAAGAAAAAAUGGAAAAAGUUGAUUUCAAGUGAAAAGGAAACUACAUUGUAGUUACUACAAAGCAUGUGGCUAUAUAAGGAAGACGUCCUCCAAAAUAAUCUAAGAACAAUAAAGACAGAAAGAGAGAACAAGCGAGAAGAGAGCAGCAAGUUCAUAUCUAAGCUCAGCUCUUAAUUUACACUUUAGGCUUUUAAAUCAUGCCGAAGAACAAAGGAAAAGGAGGAAAGAACAUUAAGAGAGGUAAAAAAGAAGCAGACGACGAUAAACGAGAGAUCAUAUUCAAAGAAGACGGUCAAGAAUACGCUCUAGUCCUCCGUAUGUGCGGCAACGGACGGUGCGAAGCCAAGUGCAUAGACGGAAUCACGAGGAUGUGUCACAUCAGAGGUAAGAUGCACAAGAAGGUUUGGAUUAGCGCUGGUGACAUCAUUCUUGUCGGACUCAGGAUGGAUAUGGACAACGACAGCAAAGCUGAUGUCAUUCACAAGUAUACUCCAGAUGAAGCUCGUUUUCUCAAGAGUUGUGAUGAGCUUCCUCGUGACCUUCGUCUUAACGAAGGGGUUGCUGGUGUGUUUGAUGAGGAGGAUGACGUUGAUUGUGGUCGGGACUAUUUUGAGUUUGGUGAUGAUGAGAUUGAUAGGCUCUAAAAGCUUUACAUGUAUUUUUAUUUAUUUUUUACUUUAUUCUUCUUACUAAUAAGUCUCUCAAACUUGAUUGAUGUCUUCUCUCAGAUUUUUGUCAGUUUAUAAAAUAUUCUCAUUCUUUA